UGUAACACCAGAUGUUGUACAGUAAUAGUGAACAGUGAUAUCUCCCUAUGUGCUUUUGUAACGCUCUAUUGGUAACACCUGUGGCUUCUCGAAGCCAGCCACGUUGAAGAAAGGGGCGAAAGCUGGAUCUUCUUCAAAGAAAGUAAGGGACGUUCACACCGAAAGAUAAUAAUUCUACGCACGCAGCACUGGCCAAACAAGGAAAUACAGUGGUGUGAACAGGCACGGUUAAUUUAAACAAAAACAGCAUUGUAAAUUUGGCUAAAACUCUGAAAACCAGUGGACCACGAAGCUGUAUAUACAGACACAGAGUCACAUGAAUGGGUUUAUGAUGGAGGUGAAAAGCAGCAGUCCUUGACUGUGAAGCACGAACAGUCGCCUGUAGACGUGUCCUGCCAAAUGCUGAAAGAAAACAACAGAGUGGUGUGGAAAAACACUCAAGCCCUGUGGUUCUCCACUUCUCUACUGUUUUUGCCAGGAAGUCAACAGCUUUAAAAUACUUACUAGCUGCCCGAGUCAGAACUUCCUUCCCCAGUGCACUUAAUGAAACGGAAUAGGUCUAUGUAAAAAUGCCUGGACAUUCUCUUUUAGAAAAGAGGUCAUUACAUGAUAAAAAGCUCUCCUCAACUUGAACUUGAAGUUCUUCAAGUCUCUUGAAUUGAGGGCAGUGGAUAAGGGGACCUCAAGGUUUCUUUUGAAGUAAGUUGUUUUAGAGGAAGGUAUUUUCUUUGCUCAGGGAACAUUGUUCUGUGCUGAAAGGUAUGUUCAAAAGUAUUUAAAAGAAAGCCAAUGCAUGAAUGAGUACUAGUUCUCGAAUGUUAGGCAAGAUAUCACACAGACCAAUGUGCGUGCGUAAGACUCACGCAAGUAAGUAUGGAUUUCAUUUAAUUGCCCAAUUUGUCUUUUUACAUUGACAUCCACUCUGUUGGACGAGCAACACAGAUCAUUCACUGCAUUUGAAAUUGCUUGACAACACGAGAUGAGCUCUUUUGGUGAAAAAAAGAGUAUAUACUGUAUCACAAAGUCAAAGAAUCCAGGACCAUCCCACAGUUUCCAGGUCUAUCAAAACCAAAAUGAUGGACAUGUGAUUAACUCUAGAGUAUCUAAUCACUAUGAGAGCAGAGCUGCCAAAAAUUACCCCAGGUACACCAGAGAUCACCUCUCUGCCUGUGUGACUUGAGUGAUGGCAAAGAAGGUUCCAGUUCAGUGUAUGUCAUUAUCACCAAUAACGCCAGAAAACGAUUUCUAUAUAAGGAGCAACUCACAAACGACUGCGGGCGGUAUCUUUAUUGCUCAAUCCAAACAAAGUGACCAUAUAAGGACAACAAGAGCAUAGAGAGCUUAGUUUCACCAGAGGCUAUUAUCAUUACCAACUAGCCACAAACAAUUACUGUUUUACAGAAUUAAUCGUUCACAUUUUCACACUAAGCUAUAACUGAUACACAAAGACCCAACUGAAAUUGCAGUAAAAGGCAAGAGUUUAUGAACAGUUAAAUAAUAAUAAAAUACAAAUAAUAAAAAGCCUGAUCAAAUAUAUGCCUCAUGUUCUCUAUGUACAUUUUGUUUGAAUAGUUGUGUUGAAAAAUGUCUCACCCACAAUGUCCUUCCCAAGAAUCCAAUUAUUCAUUAUAAAUUCAACAUACCUGGCAGUGAAGGUAAAUGAUCAAAUUUGAACUCUUGUAAACCAUGCAAACAUAUGUAUUUGCCAUCUUGAACUUGAAUGUAUUUUAAGUCAAUGAAUUUUUGAUCAAAAGUAAUUGUUUUAUUUUAAAUCCAAGUAUUAUUUGUGAAUUUUUUUUAAAGAAAUGUCAGUCAUUUGAACUAUUUGGCAUAAAUAAGUGGCUAUGUCCAGAAGUUCUGUUUUGGAAUGUUCUUCUCCUAAAUUGCAUUGACAAGCCAGCUGUUACUCAAUCAGUUACCAUUAAACUUGUACCCUGAAAUUGCCUAUAGCAGUCCCUGUGUCAACAUUCCUUGAAUAUAAAAAAAAAAAUGGUUUCUGGAAUUUAAGAGGUGAAACAAGUAAUUAUCCCCUUGACCCGUGAUAUGAGUUGAGAUACUGCCUUUCCAUCCUUUUUAUUAUACAAGUGGAAAUUAAUUCUCCAAAAUAUGUUGUAAAAUAUGCCUUUGAGUACUUUACUCAAUUCAUAAGCCACAAGCAAUUGUGAAUCAUGGCCACGAAUCACUAUCAGUACAAGACAAUCUUUCAUGUAAUCUUUUUAGAAAAUUAUUUCAAAUGAGAAACAGGUUGUAAAAUUUGAAAAAAGCACACAUAAAGAUGGUCUGACUUAAAAAUCAUUCCGUAAUCAUCAGAUUUUCACAUCAGAUUUGUUGGUCCAUGCGGUCUCUUUCAGCUAAGUGAAAUUUAAACAUAUCCUUUAUUAUUCUGAGUAAAUAUCUUAUUAUCUUCAUGUCAUUUAAAUCCUUGCUUUGACUGCGUUUCCCUGCUGAGAGACAGGGUGAACAGCCUCGGGCAGCAGUGUGCUGGCUGCUGGAGGCAUUGUGAUGAGAGUCAGCCCCAGAGCCCCACCCACCAUCAGUAUAAAAGCACCUACCUCUGACUCUGAAGCUCAGACCAUUGGAACAGUGUCACAGCUGCCUAACAGCACUAAACAGCAGCCUUGGAGCUUCUAGGACACUUUCACUUCACAGACUCGCGCUCAACACCUUACCCAAGUGGAUUAUUGAUAACUUCAUAACUUCAGGUUUCCAGCCAAGAUGAAACUGCUCCUCCAGACCUUCUUCUGCUGGUGGUUUCUAGCCUCUGUUGCGCCGGCUGUGGACAGUGCAAAACUGGACCUGAGUUCAGUGAUGAAAAAGAGAUUGAGCACCUGGCUGCAGAGCAGGACGAAAAGAGCUCUACAUGGUGUGCCUGCAGAAAGCGAUCCAGCCUCAGUGCAGUUCGUCCGGCCGGAAGAUGUCAAAGACACCUUGAAGCCUCAUUCCAGCACGGACAUCAGCAUCCGGGCAAAGAGAAACAAAGGCUCAGUCAAUCAGAACAGGAGGACGGGCUGCGCCUUCCUGCCCACCUGCACGGUGCACGAGCUGGCACACCGCAUCCACCAGUGGAACACCCAGCUGAAGGUGGACAAUGCCCCCAGCGAAAAGAUCAGCCCGGGGGGGUACGGCCGGAGACGUCGGUCGCUGCUGCGCCACAUAGCCGCCGCGCCGGGCGACCUGCGACAGCUGAAGCAGGUGAAGAGCUAGGGGGCGGACUGAAAACUGCGAUGGAAGGCUCUCUCCACGAAACCCAAUGGACGUGAGACUAGCAGGGAGGAGGGGAGAUAAGGGGAGGGGGGGGGGGUGUCCUGCCAACCCCCCAGCCAAGCUCUUCUGGCUGAUUCCCGAACUUUGCAGAUGCCUCGGUCUCCCCGCCAAAGAGCGUUCCGCUGCAUUCUUUCCAGGCGUGAGUGGCGGAGAGCCGUCAGCGUGCCUUAGGAGACCCAGGAUCGCCAGCAUCGCAGGCACGGAAGCACAGCAACACUGGGGGUGGGGUGGGCUCUAGGGGGGGUGCCAGGGCUUGACAGAAAAAGAGGAGGCCGGGGGCAGAUUGUGUCCAUCUUGGAGUGGCCUGUGGGACGGGCUCGCUCGGGAGGCAGAGACUUCCGCUCAUGGGACACUGGGCUGGACACCCCUCUCCCCUCUCUGGAGGAACUGGACAGGCAAAACUAACACAAACAGACUGAGGGGGGUUAUGUCCGAAAUGCCAGCACUCAUUUGCUUGGAUUAUCUCUGCACAUUAGCUACACUAGAUAUAGGGAGUCUGACUUCAGAUACAGAAGUAUAAAGCUGUUAGGCCUUUUGGACACUGUAUGGGAAAUAAUUGUUUUUAGAAAUCACAAGGUCACCAGUCCAAAGAGGGCUGUAUCAUACUUGAACUUAAUUUUUUUUUAUAAAAAUGCAAUCGAAAGUGCAAUCUAUAUAUAUUUUUAUCGCCAGUCUGUAUAUAAGAUUCAAAUGCUGAGAUAUCACUAUUUAAAUAUUUUAUACAUAUAUAUAUAUAAAUAUAUCCAUUACUUGUAACUUGUAACUGUACUUAUGGAGAUGAAAUUAUUUUUAUACAGUAAAAAAUGUAUAAGGGCAUUAUAGCUUUGUUUGUUUCCACCAUUUGUGUUAUGAAUGUUAAGUGUUUCCAAAUGUGGUCAAAUAAAAACUAGUUUUUUCCUAUGUCAUAAUAA